GGCUGUUCAUUGUCUGGCAACUCUAGCAACCAGUGCUUGUUAACAGCCGAGUUACAGUGCUAAUAAGCGACAGAGAUGGCACACUUGCGUGAAAGCACAGACAAGGCUUUAAAGCUUUUACGUACCUUGCCGCGCGUACAGAUUGGCAAUCUGCGACCAAAUCCCAACUCGAAACAAAACGACAAACGCGGUCGCGCUCAGCAUGGUGGCGACAAACACGGUGCCGGCAAUAAGGGAUCUGGCCAGCGACAAAAUUUUAUGCGCUUAGGUUACGAAACUGGCAACCAACCCUUCUACUUGCGCUUUCCCUACGAGCCAUACUACAAGGGACACCACAUGCGCCGAGAAUAUCCCCCCAUUUCGAUGCUACAACUACAGGUGCUGAUCGACACGAAUCGCAUCGAUAUUAGCCAACCGAUAGACAUCGCCACCCUAUGUAAUUCUGGUCUAAUGUCUCUGAAACCUGCAGAACUUCAGUAUGGAUUUCAGUUGACAGACGAUGGAUUGGACAAUUUCAAGGCCAAGAUUAACAUCGAAGUUCAGCAUGCCAGUGAAGCGGUCAUAGCAGCUGUGGAACGCAAUGGUGGCGUUAUCCGCACUGCUUACUAUGAUCCACGCAGUCUUCACAUACUGUCCAAUCCGAAAAAAUGGUUCGAAAAGGGAUUGCCUAUACCACAGCGCAUGCUGCCGCCACAAGAUGCUGUUGAGUAUUAUACUGAUGCCAAGAAUCGCGGCUACUUAGCGAAUCCCGAGGAGAUAAGUAAGGAACGCUUAGUUCUGGCACAAAAAUACGGUUACGAGCUACCCCGUAUCGAGGAUGAUGCCAACUAUAAAAUGCUCACAGCAGCCAAGGAUGCACGACAGCUGUUCCAUGGCUUGGAACCAGGAUGGCUAAUUAAUUUAGUAGACAAAACAAUCGUUAAGUUAAAAGCAACAUAAACCUUUUUUGUUUGUUACUAUACUUUGUUAAAUAAAGAUUGUAUUGUAAAACGGUGUUUUGGUUACAGAGAAUACUAGUAUAUAU